GCGAGCAGGAGUAUCUGCUGCCGUCGUCCUACAUCCAGCAGCCCUCCCGUUGCUCGCUCCCCUCCCCUCCUCUGAAGCUGCCAUUAGUGCCAGACUGAACCCUCACUCUACUAGCCCCCCAGCGGAAUUCUACCACCGCCGUAGCCAGCACUCCACGCGUAGGCCAGCAGCAACCAGCCGCCAGCAGCAGCCGCCGCCACCAGGGACGCCAGGAAGAGCCGCCACCAGCCGGAGCGAUGGCUGUGUGCGUGCGCGCCGCACGGCGAGGAGCCGUUGCGAGCCGAAGCUGCUUGCUGGCGCGCCACCGCCAUGCGACCGCCGCCGUGUCGGCUGACGCCGAGCUUUCGCCCAUCCCUGCCGGCAGUCCGUUUUUCUCCCUUUCCACCCAAUCAGCUUCCGCCAUCUGUCCAUCCGCCGCGCCAACUUCAGCCGCCGCCGUUUCCGCCGUGCCGUCAAACACCGCCAGCCCCGCCAGCCCAGCCAGCCCCGCCAGCCCUGCUAGCCCCGCUAGCCUCGCCAUCCCCGCCGGCCGCCGGUCGUUCUCCGUCGUUCCCCGCGUGGCCACGAGUGGCGGCGACGCGGACGUGGGCGGAGCUGCGUUCCGCUUGCGCGAGCAGGCGAUGGAGCGACUGCUGGGCGAGCUGCGACGGGCGACGGACUCUGUGCUGCAGGGCGGGGGGCCCAAGGCGGUGCAGCGGCACCACAGCAGAGGCAAGCUGCUGCCCCGAGAGCGCAUCGACCGCCUGCUCGACCCCGCCUCGCCCUUCCUCGAACUCUCACAGCUGGCGGGCAUGGGGGUCUAUGAGGAGGAGGUGCCGGGGGGGGGCAUUGUGACGGGCAUAGGGCGGGUGGGCGGGCGGGUGAGUGUGAUAGUGGCGAACGAUCCUACAGUGAAGGGCGGCACGUACUACCCCAUCACGGUGAAGAAGCACCUCAGGGCGCAGGAGAUCGCCGCCCAGUGCCGCCUACCCUGCAUUUACCUCGUUGACAGUGGAGGCGCCAACCUGCCCCGCCAGGCGGACGUGUUUCCCGACCGCGACCACUUCGGCCGCAUCUUCUACAACCAGGCGCGCAUGUCGCGGGACGGCAUCCCGCAGAUAGCGGUGGUGCUGGGCAGCUGCACGGCAGGGGGGGCGUACGUGCCGGCCAUGGCGGACGAAAGCAUCAUCGUGCACCGCCAGGGCACCAUCUUUCUUGGGGGGCCGCCGCUCGUCAAGGCGGCCACAGGAGAGGAGGUGACAGCGGAGGCGUUGGGGGGAGGCGCGGUGCACAGCAGAGUGUCGGGUGUCACGGACCACCUCGCCAGAGACGAGUCGCAUGCCAUUGCCAUCGCCAGGCGCAUACUCGCCUCGCUGCCCUCCUCCCACCCCUCCUCCUCAUCCGCGCCUCAAGCAGCCCCACUCCCCCCCUCCCCCGCCGCCCCCCCUGCGUGGGAGGAGCCUCUUUUCCCCCCCGAGCAGCUGAGGGGGCUGGCGCCCAUAGUGGGGGGGGAGGGGCGCAAGGGGGAAGGGCAGGGGGCGGCGGAGGAGGGGGCGGCGGAGGCGGGGGGGGUGGACAUGCGGGAGGUGAUAGCGCGGCUGGUGGACGGCAGCCGGUUUGACGAGUUCAAACGCCUCUAUGGCUCGUCGCUGGUGUGUGGCUUUGCUCGCCUGCACGGGCAGGCGGUGGGCAUAGUGGCGAACAACGGCGUGCUGUUCGUGGAGUCGGCGCUGAAAGGGGCGCACUUUGUGCAGCUCUGCGACCAGCGCCGCACCCCGCUGCUCUUCCUGCACAACAUCUCCGGCUUCAUGGUGGGGCGGUCGGCAGAGAGUGCGGGCAUUGCCAAGGCAGGAGCCAAGAUGGUGAUGGCCGUGGCAUGCGCACAGGUUCCCAAGAUCUCGAUGGUGGUGGGCGGCAGCUUUGGCGCGGGCAACUACGGCAUGUGCGGCCGCGCCUACUCGCCCGGCUUCCUCUUCCUCUGGCCCUCCGCUCGCAUCUCAGUCAUGGGCGGCCAGCAGGCGGCAGGGGUGUUGGCCCAGGUUGAGAAGGACAAGAGAGCUCGUGAUGGCAAACCGUGGAGCGAGCAGGAAGAGCGUGCCUUCAAGCAGCGCAUCGCGGCGCGCUACGACAGCGAGGGCUCGUCGUUCUUCUCGACGGCCCGCCUGUGGGACGAUGGCAUCAUCGACCCCGCUGACUCGCGCACCGUGCUCUCCCUUGCCCUCACUGCUGCUGCCAACGCAACGCCCGCUGCACAGACACCUGCUGAGGCUGGUCCCAGAUAUGGAGUGUUCCGCAUGUGACUUGGAGAUGUCUGCGCAUGGCAUAUUGACAUGGUUGUAUAGUUUUACUCUGCUCGGUCCAGCGCUUAAUUUCGGCGCCGUUGCGAGGCGGCCUGGCUACAAUAAGUGUUUCCAGUUGCUUGUACCGACUGUGUCCCUGUACACUUACCUGCUUGUACAUAGAGCUUAUGCUUAUGCUUCUGACAGCUGUUAUCGUAUCAUC